AUGGAAUCUUACGCCUUAUCCGCGGUGGCGUCGCACUUCGCGACACGCGCGAGCGGGAAAGAGAGCUCGAUCGGCAUGUUCGUCGCCACGCGCGCAUCGAUGAUUGCGCCUCGCUCGUCUGCGAACGCGUCCUCGUGCCCCCGUCGUGCGGCGACCUCCGCGGCGGCGCGCGUCAACGCGCGAUCGUCGUCGCUUCUCGGAUCGCCGUUCACCCCAACCAAGGUGACUGUCGCCCCGAGGCGCGCCGCCGCGAGGAGGGGAUCAGCCGUGAGGGUGAAGGCGCUCUUCGGCCCGCCCCCCAACCCCGAGCUCCUCCUCGCCGAGGGCAAGGCCAAGUACGCCGAGGGCGAGCGCAUGCAGGGCUACAAGACCUUCGAGAAGGCCUUGCGCGCGGACGACAUUCCGCUCGAGGUCAGGCAGGAGCUGCUGUACUGCUGCAUGUGCUGCUGCGCCGCUUUCGGGGACGUGGAGACGGCGAAACAGCACAUGAGGGACAUGAAUCUCGCGGGCAUGCCCUUCGACGUCGCGAUGCUCAAGGAGGAGUACAUGCCCAUGGAGGCCGGCGCGCAGAUGAAGAACCAGCUCAAGAAGUUCGCCGCGGGAGAGCUCAAGUCGCAGGGCACGGUGCAGCGGGAGAUCUUCGAGAGGCAGCGCGAGGCGUCCGGGAUGACACCCGCGGGAGGCGGCGGGCAGAAGCCGCAACGCAUGGGGGACAUGGACCUGAUGAACCUCGAUUUGAACGACACGAGCGCGGAAGUGGGCGACAUCGCAAAGAGGGUGGGGGGACUGGUAGUGCUGUCAAUCGUGGGGUUCAUCGGGCUCUUCCAGGCGGGCCUGACGCUGCUGCGGUAG